CUUGUCGCCUGGUGCCAAUUUCAAACUUUCAUGGUUUUGCGCUUUACUGUUUAGGGUUUUAAAUCGACUGAGAAACCCAUUAAAACCAUAUCUCUUCCACUUGCUCUUUCCUAAUCUAUCAGUUGUGCAUGCUGAAAAGUGGUGGACAUCUUAGCAUCAUGUAUACUAUAAAGGGUGGCUGGGUAGGCUGCCAAACAUAUGUGCUGGCAAAGAGCAAUGAGUCUGGAGGGAGAAAGUCUCGUAUUCGGCGAUCAAAGGAGGAGAGAAAGGAAAUGGUUGAAUCCUUUAUAAAGAAGCACCAGAGCUUAAACAAUGGGAAUUUCCCCUCUCUAAAUCUUACCCACAAGGAAGUUGGUGGGUCUUUCUACACAGUAAGAGAGAUUGUUAGAGAAAUAAUCCAAGAAAAUAGAGUGCUGGGUCCUGCUAAGUAUUUGCCAGAGGAACAGAGUGCUGAUCAUUUGUCAGUGAAAUACCCAUUGGGUACAAUUUCGAUAGAACCUGAAGCUUCUCAGUCCAUUUCAUCAAUUGGAAGUCCUUUUGUAUCUGAUCAGCAUCAGAAUACAACAGAAGAACAUGACUUGAUUCCUGAUGUGCUUAGUGCUGAAACUGAACAGCCAGGUUUUGACAAGGAGCAAAUCAUUAAUGGAAGUCAUGUAAGUUUAAGAAACAAAGAAUGUGAUGAAACAAAAGUUGUAAAGUCUCAAGUAAGUGAAGCACUGGAAACAAAGAAAGGCAUGGAAGAGGUGGCUGCAUCAGGGACUAAAGUGACUCAUACAGUAGAUGUAAUUGUGGAAACAUUUCAAUUACAACCUGUCACUCAGCCAACUUAUAACUUGGAAGGAAAUGGUGAAUUGAGGGAUUUGAAUGGAACUGUAGUGGAAGAUGUUAAAAAGGUGCACCCUGGACCAGGAUGUGUUGAUUCUGAAAUAGAUUUAACAAAAUUGUCAAGCAAUUCUUAUUUGGUGGAUGAUAAAGUAGAAAACCCAGUGGGUCCACCAUUUGAAGGAAACUCCAGUUCAGUGGAUGAGAAAGCUGUGAAAACUGCAGAUCUGCCAUUGGGAAGUUCAAAUUCAUUUGCUACCAAAAGCAGCACUGUUCAUGAUACUCAGGUUCUAAAUGCAUCAAAGGGCACCCACACGGCAACUCUAAAUGAUCCCUAUUCCCGCAAUGGUAGCGGUGAGCUGAUAACCCAAAAAGAAGUUAUUGGAAAUAAAGCUGAUGUUCUACCUAGCAGCAACUCUCAGAAAGGGAACAAUCCAGCACUAGACAGAAUUAAUAUAAAUAAAUCAUGGGAAGGGGCAUCUAAAAAUCCUGCAGAAUCGGAAACUAACCCAGUAUUGGCCAUUUUUAAAUCAUUUAUAGCUGCGUUCGUGAAAUUUUGGUCUCAGUAAAGUUUCAGUGUGUUUGUUUGCAUAGAAGAGUGGAAAUUCUACAUUUGCCAAGUAACGUAUGAACUCUCCCCAGUCUUAAUAUCAGUGUUUUUUUUGUCUUUUUUUUUCCUUUUCUUUUUUCCUUCACAUAUAAAAUCUUAUAUGAUAUUAGAUGCAUAUCCAUGUUCACUUAAAUUUGUUUAGAUUGAAUUAAAAUGGAUCAUAAUGUCUGAUUAAUUUUGUCAAAUAAGAUUUCAAUUCAUUGAAUGAAAAUCUUUACUAAUGGAUUAACUCUUUUGGUAGUAAUUAAUUCACUCAAUUCAUUAGAGUUCUAAUUGAAAAGAGUUUUAAUUCAAUUUUCUUAGCAUUGGCUUUCUAUCUGUUUAGAUGCGUAUACAUGUAUGUCCUUUUUUUUAAUAAAAAAUGCAAUGAAUAAUGGUUAUAUAAAAAAUAACUCUUAUUUAUUUGAAAAAUUCACAUUAAUAUUAAAGCAUUUUAUGAAAUAAAUAUUGAAAAGACGUUUUCCUUAAAUUGUCAGUCUUCUCAAACCUGCCUUUUGAUUAGUGGGAGAGUUACUAUCAGGUCUGUAGAUGUUUAGAAAAUUCAAUAGUUCAUCUCUAUUUCAAGAUCACUCAAUUAACCAAAUCUUAGGGUAUAAAAUUGAUUAACCAAAUCUUGGGGUUUAAAAUUGAUAGAUAUUGUCCUCCAUUGACGCACUUGCUAUUUGCAGACGAUACAUUAUUGUUUGGGAAAGCCACAAUCAAGCAAGUUAGCAAAAUCAUAUAGUUGUUGACUACUUUAGCCUUGCCUCUAGCCAGCGGAUAAAUCAUGAUAAAUCUGAUUUAACUUUCAGUUCUAACACUCCACUACUGGUUUAGAAGCAAAUUGGAGACAUUUUUCUUGUCUAGAAUGCUGGUUCUUUUUCAAAAUACCUUAGGCUGCCUAUUUCUUGGGGUCGAUCAAAAUGCCAAGCUUUGCAGCUUGUUAAAGAUAGAGUGGUUAACAAGCUUAAUGGUUGGAAAACUAAAUAAUUAUCACAUGCGGAUAAGGAAGUUCUGAUUAAGGUGGUAAUCCGAGCUAUAUUAAGGUGGUAAUCCGAGCUAUACCAUCAUAUAUUACAUCUGUUUUCAAGCUCCCUUAUGGCGUUAUAAAUGAUCUUCACCUAUUGAUUACUAAAUUCAGGCGGAGAUAAUGCAGUAAGUUUGUAGGGGCAUGGGAUUGAAGGAUUUGAAUUUGUUUAAUUUAGCUUUGUUAGCAAAGUAAGCUUACCGCUAUUUUAAGAAUACUAUUAAGCUCUACUAUCAGAGGUUGUAAUAGAGUGGGGCACUUUUCAAAGUCUGGAAUUCCCUCAGUUCGACUUCUCUAUAAUAGACUUAAAUAUGUGCAGGAAGAUUUGAGGAGAGGUUCUGUGCCAUCAUCUUCCCUGUCUCUGGCAGGAGAUUUUUGGAAGCAAAUAUGGAAUUUAAAGGUUCCUCCUAAAUUGCAUUUGUUCCUUUAGAGAGCUUGUAAGAAUUUCACUUGCAACUAAGGCUAAACCAUAUUGUUCUAAAUGCAAGGCUUCAUUUGAAACGUCUUUUGUCUUUUGUAGUUUGGUUCUCUCUUCUUUGGAGGAAGGUUUUGGGAUAUUUAUACUAAUCAAAUAAAUUAAUUAAGAAUCCUUAGUUCAA